AUGUCCCAGAAGUUUCUCGUGGUCGAGAGCCGCGCCGGGUGCAAGUCCAGGAGGAACAACAGCGGGCUAGCAGUUGCAGCGCAGUAUCGGCCAAGGACACUCGCUUGGCUGGCGAGUGGCGAGUGGCGAGUGGCGAGUGGCGAGUACCGGAGGCCGAGCUACAAGAAGGACGACGACGGGACGCGAGGAGCUGGACCACGAGUUACCAAACGCCCGGCCACGAGCAAGCUGCUGAGGCGCGCACAUCACUCGCGCGCGCACUCGCAGCACUGCGCUGGAGCAGCCCGCACGCACCCCCUCCCCAGCCUUGGCGGGCCACCUUCCUCCCACUCUCACCUCGCGCCGGCGCAGCGCUGCGCUGGAUCCACCCGCACGCGCCCCCUCCCGGAGAUCCUGCCGCCCCUCCGCCCGACCACCUGCCCGACUGCCCGCCACUCACUCUCGCGCGCACUCACAGCGCUGCGCUGGACGAUCCACCCGCACGCGCCCCCUCCCGGAGAUCCUGCCGCCCCUCCGCCCGACCACCUGCCCGACUGCCCGACUGCCCGCCACUCACUCUCGCGCGCACUCACAGCGCUGCGCUGGACGAUCCACCCGCACGCGCCCCCUCCCGGAGAUCAGGCCCCCCUCCGCCCGACCACCUGCCCGCCACUCUCUCUCGUGCGCACUCACAGCGCUGCGCUGGACGAUCCACCCGCACGCGCCCCCUCCCGGAGAUCAGGCCCCCCUCCGCCCGACCACCUGCCCGCCACUCUCUCUCGUGCGCACUCACAGCGCUGCGCUGGACGAUCCACCCGCACGCGCCCCCCUCCCGGAGAUCCUGCCGCCUCUCCGCCCGACCACCUGCCCGACUGCCCGCCACUCACUCUCGCGCGCACUCACAGCGCUGCGCUGGACGAUCCACCCGCACGCGCCCCCUCCCGGAGAUCCUGCCCCCCUCCGCCCGACCACCUGCCCGACUGCCCGCCACUCACUCUCGCGCGCACUCACAGCGCUGCGCUGGACGAUCCACCCGCACGCGCCCCCUCCCGGAGAUCCUGCCCCCCUCCGCCCGACCACCUGCCCGACUGCCCGCCACUCUCUCUCGCGCGCACUCACAGCGCUGCGCUGGACGAUCCACCCGCACGCGCCCCCCUCCCGGAGAUCAGGCCCCCCUCCGCCCGACCACCUGCCCGCCACUCUCUCUCGUGCGCACUCACAGCGCUGCGCUGGACGAUCCACCCGCACGCGCCCCCUCCCGGAGAUCCUGCCGCCUCUCCGCCCGACCACCUGCCCGACUGCCCGCCACUCACUCUCGCGCGCACUCACAGCGCUGCGCUGGACGAUCCACCCGCACGCGCCCCCUCCCGGAGAUCCUGCCCCCCUCCGCCCGACCACCUGCCCGACUGCCCGCCACUCACUCUCGCGCGCACUCACAGCGCUGCGCUGGACGAUCCACCCGCACGCGCCCCCUCCCGGAGAUCCUGCCGCCCCUCCGCCCGACCACCUGCCCGACUGCCCGCCACUCACUCUCGCGCGCACUCACAGCGCUGCGCUGGACGAUCCACCCGCACGCGCCCCCUCCCGGAGAUCCUGCCGCCCCUCCGCCCGACCACCUGCCCGACUGCCCGCCACUCACUCUCGCGCGCACUCACAGCGCUGCGCUGGACGAUCCACCCGCACGCGCCCCCUCCCGGAGAUCCUGCCGCCCCUCCGCCCGACCACCUGCCCGACUGCCCGCCACUCACUCUCGCGCGCACUCACAGCGCUGCGCUGGACGAUCCACCCACACGCGCCCCCUCCCGGAGAUCCUGCCCCCCUCCGCCCGACCACCUGCCCGACUGCCCGCCACUCACUCUCGCGCGCACUCACAGCGCUGCGCUGGACGAUCCACCCGCACGCGCCCCCCUCCCGGAGAUCCUGCCGCCCCUCCGCCCGACCACCUGCCCGACUGCCCGCCACUCACUCUCGCGCGCACUCACAGCGCUGCGCUGGACGAUCCACCCGCACGCGCCCCCUCCCGGAGAUCCUGCCGCCCCUCCGCCCGACCACCUGCCCGACUGCCCGCCACUCACUCUCGCGCGCACUCACAGCGCUGCGCUGGACGAUCCACCCGCACGCGCCCCCUCCCGGAGAUCCUGCCGCCCCUCCGCCCGACCACCUGCCCGACUGCCCGCCACUCACUCUCGCGCGCACUCACAGCGCUGCGCUGGACGAUCCACCCGCACGCGCCCCCCUCCCGGAGAUCCUGCCCCCCUCCGCCCGACCAUCUGCCCGACUGCCCGCCACUCACUCUCGCGCGCACUCACAGCGCUGCGCUGGACGAUCCACCCGCACGCGCCCCCUCCCGGAGAUCCUGCCGCCACUCCGCCCGACCACCUGCCCGACUGCCCGCCACUCACUCUCGCGCGCACUCACAGCGCUGCGCUGGACGAUCCACCCGCACGCGCCCCCUCCCGGAGAUCCUGCCGCCCCUCCGCCCGACCACCUGCCCGACUGCCCGCCACUCACUCUCGCGCGCACUCACAGCGCUGCGCUGGACGAUCCACCCGCACGCGCCCCCUCCCGGAGAUCCUGCCCCCCUCCGCCCGACCACCUGCCCGACUGCCCGCCACUCACUCUCGCGCGCACUCACAGCGCUGCGCUGGACGAUCCACCCGCACGCGCCCCCUCCCGGAGAUCCUGCCCCCCUCCGCCCGACCACCUGCCCGACUGCCCGCCACUCACUCUCGCGCGCACUCACAGCGCUGCGCUGGACGAUCCACCCGCACGCGCCCCCUCCCGGAGAUCCUGCCGCCCCUCCGCCCGACCACCUGCCCGACUGCCCGCCACUCACUCUCGCGCGCACUCACAGCGCUGCGCUGGACGAUCCACCCGCACGCGCCCCCUCCCGGAGAUCCUGCCGCCCCUCCGCCCGACCACCUGCCCGACUGCCCGCCACUCACUCUCGCGCGCACUCACAGCGCUGCGCUGGACGAUCCACCCGCACGCGCCCCCCUCCCGGAGAUCCUGCCGCCCCUCCGCCCGACCACCUGCCCGACUGCCCGCCACUCACUCUCGCGCGCACUCACAGCGCUGCGCUGGACGAUCCACCCGCACGCGCCCCCCUCCCGGAGAUCCUGCCCCCCUCCGCCCGACCACCUGCCCGACUGCCCGCCACUCACUCUCGCGCGCACUCACAGCGCUGCGCUGGACGAUCCACCCGCACGCGCCCCCUCCCGGAGAUCCUGCCGCCCCUCCGCCCGACCACCUGCCCGACUGCCCGCCACUCACUCUCGCGCGCACUCACAGCGCUGCGCUGGACGAUCCACCCGCACGCGCCCCCUCCCGGAGAUCCUGCCGCCCCUCCGCCCGACCACCUGCCCGACUGCCCGCCACUCACUCUCGCGCGCACUCACAGCGCUGCGCUGGACGAUCCACCCGCACGCGCCCCCUCCCGGAGAUCCUGCCCCCCUCCGCCCGACCACCUGCCCGACUGCCCGCCACUCACUCUCGCGCGCACUCACAGCGCUGCGCUGGACGAUUCACCCGCACGCGCCCCCUCCCGGAGAUCCUGCCCCCCUCCGCCCGACCACCUGCCCGACUGCCCGCCACUCACUCUCGCGCGCACUCACAGCGCUGCGCUGGACGAUCCACCCGCACGCGCCCCCUCCCGGAGAUCCUGCCCCCCUCCGAUCGACCACCUGCCCGCCACUCUCGCGCGCACUCACAGCACUGCGCUGGACGAUCCACCCGCACGCGCCCCCCUCCCGGAGAUCAGGCCCCCCUCCACCCGACCACCUGCCCGCCACUCUCUCUCGCGCGCACUCACAGCGCUGCGCUGGACGAUCCACCCGCACGCGCCCCCUCCCGGAGAUCAGGCCCCCCUCCGCCCGACCACCUGCCCUGCACUCUCUCUCGCGCGCACUCACAGCGCUGCGCUGGACGAUCCACCCGCACGCGCCCCCUCCCGGAGAUCAGGCCCCCCUCCGCCCGACCACCUGCCCGCCACUCUCUCUCAUCAGGCCCCCUCCGCCCGACCACCUGCCCGCCACUCUCGCGCGCACUCACAGCGGUGCGCUGGACGAUCCACCCGCACGCGUCUCCUCCCGGAGAUCCUGCCCCCCUCCGCCCGACCACCUGUUCGCCACUCUCGCGCGCACUCACAGCGCUGCGCUGGACGAUCCACCCCCACGCGCCCCCUCCUGGAGAUCCUGCCCGCCCCUCCGCCUGCCCGCCCCUCCGCCCGCCCGACUGCCCGCCACUCACUCUCGCGCGCACUCACAGCACUGCGCUGGGCGAUCCACCCGCACGCGCCCCCUCCCGAAGAUCCUGCCAGCCCCUCCGCCCGACCACCUGCCCACCACUCUCGCGCGCACUCACAGCGCUGCGCUGGACGAUCCACCCGCACGUGCCUUCUCCCAGAGAUCCUGCCAGCCCCUCCGCCCACCACCUGCCCGCCACUCUCGCGCGCACACACAGCGCUGCGCUGGAGGAGCAGCCAUCACGCACCCCCUCCCGGAGAUCCUGCCAGCCCCUCCGCCCGACCACCUGCCCGCCACUCACUCUCGCGCGCACUCACAGCGCUGCGCUGGACGACCCACCCGCACGCGCCCAUUCCCGGAGAUCCUGCUGCCCGCCCGACUGCCCGCCACUCACUCUCGCGCGCACUCACAGCGCUGCGCUGGACGAUCCACCCGCACGCGCCCCCUCCCGGAGAUCCUGCUGCCCGCCCGACUGCCCGCCACUCACUGUCGCGCGCACUCACAGCACUGCGCUGGAGGAGCAGCCCGCACGCAACCCCUCCCGGAGAUCCUGCCAGUCCCUCCGGCCGACCACCUGCCCGCCACUCACUCUCGCGCGCACUCACAGCACUGCGCUGGACGAUCCACCCGCACGCGCCCCCUCCCGGAGAUCCUGCUGCCCGCCCGACUGCCCGCCACUCACUCUCGCGCGCACUCACAGCACUGCGCUGGAGGAGCAGCCCGCACGCACCCCCUCCCGGAGAUCCUGCCAGCCCCUCCGCCCGACCACCUGCCCGCCACUCUCUCUCGCGCGCACUCACAGCGCUGCGCUGCGCUGGACGAUCUACCCCGGAGCGAAGGGAGGAGAGGAGAAGCGAAGCGGUGCUAUCAGGUGGGCGCCCACUGCAGCGGAGCGAAGGGAGGAGAGGAGAAGCGAGGCGGUGCUAUCAGGUGGGCGCCCACUGCAGCGGAGCGAAGGGAGGAGAGGAGAAGCGAGGCGGUGCUAUCAGGUGGGCGCCCACUGCAGCGGAGCGAAGGGAGGAGAGGAGAAGCGAAGCGGUGCUAUCAGGUGGGCGUCCACUGCAGCGGAGCGAAGGGAGGAGAGGAGAAGCGAGGCGGUGCUAUCAGGUGGGCGCCCACUGCAGCGGAGCGAAGGGAGGAGAGGAGAAGCGAAGCGGUGCUAUCAGGUGGGCGCCCACUGCAGCAGAGCGAAGGGAGGAGAGGAGAAGCGAAGCGGUGCUAUCAGGUGGGCGCCAACUGCAGCGGAGCGAAGGGAGGAGAGGAGAAGCGAAGCGGUGCUAUCAGGUGGGCGCCCACUGCAGCAGAGCGAAGGGAGGAGAGGAGAAGCGAGGCGGUGCUAUCAGGUGGGCGCCCACUGCAGCGGAGCGAAUAG